AUGGAUGAAGCCCUCAAUGCACUAAAGCUCCAGUUCACUGCCAGCAAUGAAUUGGACCAAGGCCAAAGAAUGUUGCUGAAAAGAGCUCAAGACUUGUACUUGGAGGGGACGGAGGGUGUUAAUAAUAGUAUUGUCUAUCAAAUAGGUGCUGAAGAAUUGGUUAGGUAUCCCAACUUGACAUGGUUGGCGGUGAGUGAACUCAAUGGUUUAAGAUUCUUGUUAUCAUCUCUAAUGGCUAGAAGCCUUACACAACUCAGACGUCUUCAGGUAUCAGGAUGUCAAAUAAUGGAAGAUAUAGUAUCAAUAGGAGAAUCUGGUGACGAAAUUGUAGACAACGUCUUUUGCCAGCUACAAAUUCUGGAGCUAAAAGACCUUCCAAAUAUCACUAAUUUCUACUCAAGAAACUAUAGUGAACUUUCAAAUCCAUCAUCUGGGAUACAACACUUUAUUUUUGACAAUAAGGUAGAGUUUCCAAACUUGAAGAAGUUAUCCAUUGAUGGCCUAGCAAAGUUGACCACGAUAUGGAACAAUCAACUUUCUCUAGAGAGUUCAAAAAAUAUAGAGACAAUUGAAAUUGUUUCGUGUGACAGUUUGAAAAGUAUUUUCCCAGUUUCAAUGGCUAGAAAUCUCAAGCAAUUAAAAAGGCUAAUAGUUAAGAGUUGUGGAGUGCAAGAUAUUGUUGCAAGAGAGGAGGGACUUCAAAUAACACCUAAGUUUGUGUUUCCAAAAGUAACACAAGUGAUUUUUAGAAAUUUGUCCAACCUCAUGAAUUUCUAUCCGGAGAUGCAUGUGUCAAGCUGGCCGUCACUCAAUGAGUUGUGGGUGGUACAAUGUGCUAAAGUCAACAUGUUUCUCAAGGAAAUCUCAAGCUUUCAAGGAUAUAGUGAGCCAAAACGUCUCAAUGUUCUUAUCCCACAGUCUCUCUUUUCAAUUGAGAAGAAUUCAUUUCCCAAUUUGGAAUGGUUGGCCGUGAAUGCAAUGGAGUUUUCAAAUGGUCCACUCCCAGCAGCAGCGCAAUUGUUUAGCAAACUAAAGCAACUUAAAGUUUGGUGUCCAGAGUCCAAGUCAGUUGUUUUCCUUGACAAAUUACUCGUCCCAAAAGGCAACAUCAGUAGUAGUGCAGUUGGGACCCAGCAGCAGCAGCAACUCACACAUUUAAAAAAGUUGAGGCUUGUUCAAAUGUACAAGCUGAUGCAUCUAGGCCAAGAUGAUGAGGAGGACAACUCACAAUCAGCCCCCCGCAUCCCAAAUUUUCUGAACCUGGAAAUUCUAUUCCUGAAUCCUUGUCACAGCUUAAGGAAUCUCAGAUCAUCCGCAAUAUCCUUCAACAAUCUAACAGCUUUGCAAGUAAUUAACUGCAAGGGAUUGAAAUACUUGAUAACUCAAUCUAUGGCCAAAUGUUUAAUGCAACUUGUAACACUGGAAGUCGUGAUGUGCCGAAGUCUGGUGGAAAUAGUGGGAAGCAAUGAAGAUGAUGAUUUAAGUCAUCAGAUUACAUUCAGGCGGUUGAAACAUGUGAAACUAUCUGGUCUACCAAGACUGCAAGGCUUUUGCUUGGGAAAUUGCAUUGCUAAAUUCCUGUCCUUGGAAACUUCAACCAUGAGCCACCGCCUCAAAUUGAAGAUUUUCGCAGCUCAUGACCAAACGCUACAACUAACAAAUGAAGAGGCAGACACAGAUAUCGAUGAGAAGCUGAUGGCUGAGGAUGAAAUGAAUUCGGCAAUACAUGCAGACAUACAUGCAGUUGGCGAUGGGAUCCUCCCACAUUUAAGAGGGUUGAACCUUUACGGGAUGCGAAAGCUGAUGAAUCCUAGGGAGGAUAGCUUGGGACCAGCAUGCCCAUAUUUUCCAAAUCUAGAAUUUUUGAAGAUAGAUGACUGUAACAGCUUAAAGAACUUAAGAUCAUCCGCAAUAUCCAUCAAGAAUCUAAUAACUUUGCAAGUUGAAUUUCCGAGGUUGAAGAGUUUGUCUAUGGAGGGUCUAACAAAGUUGACCGCAAUAUGGCACAGUCAACUUUCUCUAAACUCCUUUAGUAGACUCAAAGACGUUCAAGUACAUGGAUGUGGAAAUCUAAUAAAUAUCUUUGUGCCCAGUACUUUGGGAAGAUUGAAUGCUCUUGAGACCAUAUUGAUAAAGGAGUGCAAGUCUGUACAAGUUGUAUUUGAACUCGGAGGAAUUGGUGUUAGAGGAAUACAUGACACGUUAGCAACAACUCAGCUGAGAUCUUUUGACUUUGAAAAUCUAGAUUCGGUAGAAAUUGAUUCUUGUGAGAGUUUGAAAAACAUUUUUCCAGUUUCGGUGGCUAGAAAUCUCCACCAGUUAAAAAAGCUGAUAGUGAAGAGUUGUGGAGUUCAGGAAAUUGUCGCAAGGGAAGAGUCAUUACAAACAACGCCUAAGUUUGUGUUUCCAAAUAAGAAAUGUGAUUUUUUGUGA